UAUGGUCCUACGGAAUGACGUAGGGGUUACGUAUUUUGUUGUUGCUGUAAUCGUCGUCACUUCCGGGUAAUCGCUGUAAAGUUGCCGAUUUUUAACGUGGACGGUGUUGGAUACGCUCACCGGGUAAAGCAACAUGUCUGGAGGUACAGAGGUUAUGUCUGUUCCGCCUGGAAGUGGUGAUCCUGCUGGGCUGGAAGAACCUAAAAAAAUGACGAGAGAAGAUUGGAGGAAAAAAAAGGAGUUGGAAGAACAGAGAAAGUUGGGUAAUGCACCAGCUGAAGUGGAUGAAGAAGGAAAGGACAUUAAUCCUCACAUUCCUCAGUACAUUUCUUCAGUCCCCUGGUAUGUGGAUCCUUCUAAACGACCAACAUUAAAACACCAAAGGCCUCAGGAUGAAAAACAGAAACAAUUCACCACAAUGGGAAUGUGGUACAGAAAAGGAGUACAAGAGGGUACUAUAGCAAUAAAAUAUCGCCAGGGUGCGUGUGAAAAUUGCGGGUCCAUGACACAUAAGAAGAAAGAUUGCUUUGAAAGACCCCGGAGAGUCGGCGCAAAAUUUACAGGCAGUAACAUUGCACCAGAUGAAUAUGAUCAACCUCAGCUAAUGUUGGACUAUGACGGGAAGAGGGAUAGGUGGAAUGGUUACAACCCAGAAGAACAUAUGAGAAUUGUUGAAGAGCAUGCCAAGGUUGACUUGGCAAAACGUACACUGAAAGCUCAGAAGUUGCAGGAAGAGCUCGCCUCUGGAAAACUGUCAGAGCAUGUGAGCUCCCCAAGACACCAAUGGGGAGAAGAGGAGCAGAAUACACCGACCGAAAGAGAUCAUAACAGUGAAGACGAGGAUGAGGAUAAAUAUGCAGAUGACAUUGACAUGCCUGGACAGAACUUUGACUCCAAAAGAAGAAUUACUGUCAGGAACUUGCGUAUCCGUGAAGACACCGCCAAAUACUUACGGAACCUUAAUCCAAAUUCUGCCUAUUAUGAUCCCAAAACGAGAGCCAUGAGAGAGAAUCCAUAUUCUGAUGCAGGAAAGAAUCCAGAUGAUGUCAGUUAUGCCGGAGAUAACUUUGUCCGUUACAGUGGGGCGACAAUCUCAAUGGCUCAGACACAAUUAUUUGCCUGGGAAGCAUAUGAAAAGGGUUCAGAUGUUCAUCUCCAAGCUGAUCCAACCAAAUUAGAAGUGUUGUGCAAAUCAUUCAAAGUAAAGAAAGAAGACUUUAAGGAAGACCAAAAAAAGAGCAUAUUAGAAAAGUAUGGAGGACAAGAGCACUUAGACACUCCACCUGUAGAACUUCUUUUAGCCCAGACAGAGGAUUAUGUGGAAUAUUCCCGCCAUGGUACAGUCAUAAAGGGGCAGGAGAAAGCAGUUACCCGUUCAAAGUAUGAAGAAGAUGUUCUUAUCAGUAACCACACGUGCAUAUGGGGAUCCUACUGGAAAGAUGGCAGAUGGGGAUACAAGUGCUGUCAUUCAUUUGUCAAAAUGUCUUACUGCACUGGGGAAGCAGGCAAAAGCUUUGGAAAUACUGAUUUAUGUGAGGACGAUUUGGUGCAAGAAGAGGAAGAAAUGUCCAGGCCUAAGACCUUAGUAGAGAUGCAUCAAGAAAAAAUGAAAGACAAAAAGAAGAAAAAGAAGAAGCAUAGGAAAAGUGGUUCUGAUAGUGAGAGUGAAGAUAAGAAAAAACAGGAGAAACUAAAGAAGGCCCUGAACGCUGAGGAAGCGCGCCUUAAACAUGUCCAGGAAUUAAUGCAGAUAGAUGAACGCAAGAGGGCGUACAACAGUGUGUAUGAGACACGUGAGCCUACUGAAGAGGAGAUGGAGGCAUACAGAAUGAAAAGACAAAGGCCUGAUGACCCAAUGGCAUCUUUUCUUGGACAAUAGAAAUGUAGCGAAAAGCAUUCAAAUUUCAUGCAUCUUCCACUUGUAUUUAACUUUUGUAGAUAUCUAAAAUAAAUCCUUCUCCUAUUGAAAGUGCUCCCCAAGGACAUGAAAAGUAUUAUCUGUUAUUUAUGCGUUCAUGUAUAAUUUUUUUAAAUGUGUUUUUUUUUUUUUUUUUUUUUUUUUUUUUAAAUGAAUGGUUCCAUUCCUGUAUUUCUUCAUUCUGGUUUUGCAAUUACAAUACAGGAAUGCACUCUGCUCUUAGUCAUACAGAUGGUGGUAUUGUGAGUAAAAAAAAAAAAGACUGGUGGAUCGGCAGCCACUAUACUGGGGUGGGGGGUAAAAAAAAAAGAUAAGCAAGCUUUUGGAAACAUAAAGGGUUAAUUUAGCAAGGAAAACAAAGGGGAGAGCAGGUACAAUAAUAGUAAUAGAAAGACUUUCCGUUUGAGCUUUCUACCCAGGAAUGUACUUUAUAGAAAAUAUAAUCUUUCAGUGAAUGCUCCAGAUUUACCGCAAGGGCAACAUUACUUUGUGAAGUCCUGUGAUAGUGUUAAUAUUUGAUAAAACUGUUUUAAACUAAAAUAUUUUCAAAAGGACUUUAAACCUUUAUCUCAACAAACACUGCUCCUUUUUCCACUAAUCAAAAGAAACGCUCACAUGAGACAAUACAAUCUAUAUGCAUGCUCAAUUUCAUACAGUUUGGUGAAUCUGGUUUUGCUGUAAGUUUGAUUUAAAGCAUCUCUUCUGCGAGUAGAACUUUAUGUGCUGCUAAAGCACAUGUGAUUUCUUCUGCUGUCCUGUCCUUGCAUUAAACUAAUUAUACUGUAACCCAGAGUGAUGAGAAAACAUAUCAAAUAUUUGAUUCAUUCUGGAUUUUAAAAUUGUAAAAGAUGACUUUCCAAGUCAAACAUUAUAGUUAGUGUCCCACUACCUAAUUUGAGCAAGUAAAUGACAAAACAUAAACCUAUUAAUGUUAACAACUGUUCCGAUGUAGACAAAUUGAAACCACACGAUCGUGCACACAAUAGCGAGAUUUCAAUUAUUGGAUCGCGUCUGGGGGGCGUCCCUACAACCCUAGGAACGCCCCCAAGACCGCGAUCAAGUCCUUACUGCACAGAAGGCUUCAGGACAGUCGUUAGUUAUGACGUUCUAUUCCGUCAUAACGGCUUUAAAGCCCAGUGUAAAAAAAGCUCUGGUUUCAUCACGGACUUGUAUCCAUAUUCGUAGUCAAAGGUUUGGUAACUCAGGAUACGAUUCUUUUUGCCUGGUUUCGUAUACUGUAAUAACAGCUGUGUUUCCUAGCUUAAAGGGAUAGUAAACCCAAUUUUUUUCUUCCAUGAUUCAGAUAGAAAGUUGCUUAAAAUUGCAUGCUCUAAUUUACUCCUAUUAUAAUUUUUUUUUUGUUCUUUUGCUAUCUUUUUUGAAAAAGCAGGAAUCUAAACUAAGGAGCCGGCCCAUUUUUGGUUCAGCACCCUGGAUAGCGCUUGCUGAUUGGUGGCUACAGUUAGCCAUUAUUCCGCAAGUGCUGAACAAAAAAUGGGUCCGCCUUCUAAGCUUACAUACUUUCUUUUCAAAUAAAGAUAGCAUGAGUAAAUUAGAAAGUUGCUUAAAACUGCAUGCUCUAUCUGAAUCUUGAAAGAAAAGUAUGGACAGUCUACUCCAGAAUGGUGUUUAAAAAGUUAGAUAAUCCCUUUAUUACCCAUUCCCCAGUUUUGCAUAACCAUAACUGUUUAUAUACACUUUUUUUCCCCUCUGUGAUUACCUUGUAUCUAACCCUCUGUAGACUGCCCCCUUAUUUCAAUUCUUUUGACAAGCUUGCAUUUUAGUCAAUCAGUGCUGACUCAUAACAUUAUGCUCACUUAUGGAGUAAUUUAUCUAUAUGACACACAUGAACUAGAACUGUCUAGCUGUGAAAAACUGUCAAAAUGCACUGAGAUAUGAGGCGUUCUUUUCUUAUUCUUUUUGAAAGAUAAACCCUUGAAGAACAAAGAAAAUGUGAUGAUAAAAGUAAAUUGGAACGUUUGUUUAAGAUUUCAUGUCCUCUGAAUUAUGAAAGUUUUUUUUUUUUUGACUAGACUGUGCCUUUAGUUAAUCUCAAGUCCAAGGAUCUGAGGUAAAUAUAGGCAGUGUUCUUCCACAGGGCCUAUAUAGUGGGUGCACCACCAAGCUAAAAUGUAAGACAAUAUUAAAGGGAUAGUCUAAUCCAAAUGUUUUAUUGCUUAAAAAUACGUAAUAAUAAGUUUAAUACCCAUUCCCCAGUUUUGCAUAACCAACACUAUUAUAUUAACCCCUUAAUGACCACAAUGUACCCUGUAUGUCACUGGUCGUUAAGGGUUUUUUCCGGACUUAAUAGCACAAGUCUAGCAAGAACACGCUAUUAAUGCCCUCCCUCCAGCAGGCUUAGUGGAAUAGAGCAGUCUCAACGCUGGUGGCAAGAUCGCACUAUAAAACAAUCAAGUCACAAAAAAAGGCCAGUGACAUACAGGGUACGUCGCUUGUCCUUAAGGGGUUAAUAUACUUUAUACCUUUGUGAUAACCUUGUAUCUAAGCCUCUGCAGACUGCCUCCUUAUCACAUUGUUAUUUACAGAAUUGCAUUUAGCUAAUUAGUGCUGACUCAAUAACUCAAUGGGAGUGAGCACAAUGUUAUCUAUAUGGCACACAUGAAUGAGCAGUGUCUUGCUGUGAAAAGAUAUAAAAAUUCUCUGAGAUAAAGGCGGCCUGCAGGGGCUUAGAAACGGGCAAAUAUUUAGAGGUUUAAAGGAUAUAAAGUAUAUUAACAUAACAAUGUUGAAUUGGUAGUAAAGGUGUUAUCUAUUUUUUUUAAACAAUAACAAUUUUGGAGCAGACUAUAGCUUUAAGCUAACUAGUUAAUAAAGGUUUUUAAUUUGUGUUGCUCAAAUUAUCAUGUUAUCAAUUUAUGUUAAAUUAUGCAAUUUGUGCUUUGGAUAGCUUAAGUAACAUUUAUAAAUGACAGAAAAUUUUAUAAUAUUGCAAAGUAUUACACUGCCCCACAUGGCUACUUUAUAAGGUCACCCAGCUGGCAACUUUUCUGUGGAGAACACUAAAAAGAAGGUUUAUGAAACCUAGUUGGUCUGUUCCAGUGCUUCUCAACAUUUGCAAGUUUAUAGUAUGUGGAUGUAAGUGAUCUAAAACUGUAGUGUAAGAGUUUAACACAUUUACUUUGGAUCUAUAAAAAAUGUCUAUGGCAUGAUUAAGGGUUAAACACCUGAAACGUUGCCUGUCUGUUUGGAUAUCCAUGUUUCAUUAAACUAUUGAUGGUCA